GUCGGAGGACGUGAGCGGGUCGCUGUGCGGAGUGACGAGCGUGUCACCGUGCUGGGGUCGAGACCGGGCGUUGCCCUGAGCCGUCAGUCGCAUCGGACCCACGGAAAGCAACCAGCUGGCGCCAUCCCAGUGACGUCCGUCAGCCAGCGCGCGGCGGCGUGACAUCGCCAUGACCCCGGACGCGUCGUCGUUGCUGGGCCAGGUCACGUGGUCGGACGAGGCGGCGUCGCUGGCCGAACUGCUGCAGCGCCACGAGCUGCCGCUGCUGGUGAAGGUGCAGAAGGGCCAGUACCUGAGCCUGGGCCCGGGCGGCCUCUCCAGCCUCGGCGUGCACAGCACACUGCUGCUGACCUCCGGCGGCCGCCGGCGCCGGCUGCUUGCCCAGGCCGUCAAAUUCAAGGACAGCAGGCGCAUGGUGCCGGUCGGUCAGAAGCUGCUCAUCCCGGACACCUUUGACGGCCUGUUCGAGAUCCUGAGCGAGGAGGGCCGCUCGGUGCGCGCCAUCGAGGGCGUGGCCGAGCUGGCGCGUCUCUUCCCCGACUCGUGCAUCGUGCGCUGCAGCUGCAAGGCUUUCGUCUCCAAGUCGGACAGCGUGGACACGAUCACGGAGCGCACGCGCACGCUGCAGAGCGGUGAGACGCUCGUGCUGGUGGGCGAGGUGGUGCGGCCGCGCGGCCGUGGGCCGGCCCGCUUCCUGCGCUGCUUCGACAGCAGCGGCGAGAAGUCUACCUGCCGCACGAGCUGA